CUUUUUGCAGAUGUGUUUCAGCAUGGGUAGUUGAAACAACAGACCAAAAGCUAGCUACUGAGUCAUAACUUUUUUAAAAGCUUUUUGUUCUUCAACAAUAAAAGAUCCUUCGUAAAUGGAAAGCGGAAUAUACUGACCGGAGAGUUAUCUGUACUCUACUUAAACCGACCUGUGAAUUUUAUUCAUUUAUUCUUUUUUGCUCGACAAGAAAAAAUGCCUGUAGCAACUCUGUUGCCUUUCACGGCUACUCCGAGUAGGAAGUCUGCCAGCCCGACUUCCUUCAGACUCACGGAGAAAUUUAUUUUACUUUUAGUUUUCAGUGCUUUUAUCACACUCUGUUUCGGAGCAAUCUUCUUCUUACCGGAUUCGUCCAAGCUUCUCAGUGGAGUUUUCUUCCAUUCGUCUUCAGUGGAAACGAACACUCGCACAGGUACUGACAGUGACUCCAGCAUUGGAGUGGGAAACGAUGAAAAGAUACUAGCCAAAAUUCGGAAAGACCACGAAAAGGCUCUGCUUGAAGCGAAGGACACUCUCCAGAAACGGGCAGAAGAGAUCCAGCAAGAUAUUAAAAUCGAAAAGGAAAAAGUUAAAGAGGGUAUCGGGAAAGGAGAGAAAGGUGACAGUUUACCAGUUUUAGAAUAUGUGCGACCACCCGGAGCAACUGGGCACGAGCCGUCAGAUCCGGAUACCCGCGAGAAAAGGAAUAAAAUAAAGGAGAUGAUGAAGUUCGCCUGGGACAGCUACAAGCGCUACGCCUGGGGAUCCAAUGAACUCCGACCUGUCUCCAAGCAAGGCCAUUCCAGCAAUUUGUUCGGGAGCAUCCAGGGAGCCACCAUUGUGGACGCCCUGGACACCCUGUACAUCAUGGAGAUGUACGAGGACUUUGACGCUGCCACCGAGUGGGUGGAGAAGAACCUGGACUUCAACGUGAAUUCAGAGGUCUCCGUCUUCGAAGUGAAUAUCCGGUUUGUUGGAGGGCUGCUGUCGGCCUACUAUCUCUCCGGCAAAGAGGUGUACCGGAAGAAAGCAGUGGAGCUGGGAGAGAGGCUUCUGCCAGCCUUCAAAACCCCCACGGGCAUCCCCUGGGCCCUGCUCAACAUGAAGAGCGGCAUUGGGAGGAACUGGCCCUGGGCAUCUGGAGGCAGCAGCAUUCUGGCAGAGUACGGCACGCUGCACCUGGAGUUCAUGCACCUGAGCAAGCUGUCCGGGAAGCCUGUGUUCGCAGAGAAGGUUAUGAACAUCCGGAAGGUUCUGAACCGGCUGGACAAGCCCCAGGGACUGUACCCCAACUACCUGAACCCCAACAGCGGCCAGUGGGGGCAGCAUCACGUGUCGGUGGGAGGCCUGGGCGACAGCUUCUACGAGUACCUGCUGAAGGCCUGGAUCAUGUCCGACAAAGCGGACGAGGAGGGGAAGAAGCUGUACUACGACGCUCUGCAGGCGAUCGAGACCAACCUGAUCCGGAAGUCGAGCGGCGGCCUCACCUACAUCGCCGAGUGGAAGGGGGGGCUGCUGGAGCACAAGAUGGGUCACCUGACCUGCUUCGCCGGGGGCAUGUUCGCCCUGGGGGCCGACGGCGCCCCCGAGGACAGGACCGGCCAUCAGAUGGAGCUGGCGGCGGAGAUCGCCCGGACGUGUCACGAGUCGUACGCCCGCACCAAUCUGAAGCUGGGCCCUGAAGCUUUCCGCUUCGACGGCGGCGUGGAGGCCAUCGCCACGCGGCAGAAUGAGAAGUACUUCAUCCUGCGGCCGGAGGUGAUCGAGACCUACAUGUACAUGUGGAGGUUCACCCACGACCCCAAGUACAGGCAGUGGGGCUGGGAGACCGUGCAGGCCCUGGAGCAGCACUGUCGGGUAGAGGGGGGGUACAGCGGAGUCCGGGACGUCUACGCGUCGCACCCAAACCACGACGACGUCCAGCAGAGCUUCUACCUGGCCGAGACGCUCAAGUACCUGUACCUCCUGUUCUCUGACGAUGACCACCUAUCCUUCGAGCACUGGGUGUUCAACACAGAGGCCCACCCCCUGCCCGUCAUCAAGAAGGACCACACGGAGAAGCCCAGCCAGCUGGAGUAGGCGGAGCCGAGCCCCACAGCCACGCCCACACCACCGGAACUCCGCCUUCAUUAGCGCGUCCCCCAAUUACUCACAGCCCCGCCCACUUUCCAGCAGGCAGCCACACAUCCCCCUCCAACAGUGGGCAGAGAGAGAGGGCCACCCCUUUUCCAUUUAACGGGCAGGGCUCCGUCUUCCUGUUUUUGGCGGAGCUGUUCCGGAAAGUUCCUCCCCCCACGCGGCCGGGUUGGGCUCUUCACCCCGACCACAGCCCCUCGCCCUGCGCGUCUGUGAGCUGGCUGAUGUUCAGAGGCACCGCCCCCUCCCCCCGAGACUCUGAGUGACACCCAACGCCCGGUGGACCCGAGUGUCCUCGUCAUCGUCGCCAUGCCAACGCAGAGAUAGCAGGCCGCAUGCCGCCUGUUCCCUCUCCUUCUGACUGGUCCCCUCCAGCGUUAGAGGCUGUGGGACCCAACCCUCUGCUUUCCCCUCCAGCACUGGAGUCUGUGGGACCCAACCCUCUCCUUUCCCCUCCAGCACUGGAGGCUCAGAGGCCCAAACCUCUCCUUUCGACUGGACCCCUACAGCGUUAGAGGCUGCGGGACCCAACCCUCUCCUUUCCCCUCCAGCACUGGAGUCUGCUAGACCCAACCCCCUCCUUUCCCCUCCAGCACUGGAGUCUGCGGGACCCAACCCUCUCCGUUCGACUGGACCCAUUCAGCGCUGAAGACUGUGGGACCCAACCCUCUCCUUUCGACUGGACCCCUACAGCGUUAGAGGCUGCGGGACCCAACUCUCUCCUCCAUGAGGAGACCUAGGACACUUUCCGCUGUAAGUUUUGCUGUCACAAAAAAAAAAAAUACAAAAAAAAUACAAAGACAAAAAAAAGCCAUACCGAAUUGAAGACAAAGCUUUAUAUGAUUUGGGAGUAGUCAUAUUUUGUUUGUUUGUUUUUGUGCAUAUAUGUGAAAAAAAAAAAACAUCAUAGUGAUUUCAAAAAUCUGAAUAUUUUCGCCUGUGAUGUUCGUUUUCGUUCCAAUUUUAGUGGCUGUUAAAUGCUUUUUUGAAUUAGGAUUUUGUCUUAGUAUGAAGACACGGGGCUCUGUUUUAAUGCUGGUAGCCAGUUUUUCCAGUAGUUAUAUCCAGUCAGAUUAAAAUAGUGCCUUUAGUCUAAAAUGGUGUGAAAAAUAAGCAGUUUUACAAAUCGCAAGGUUUUUAAUUUAUUUCUCGGAAGAAUUCGUGUAGCUUUGAAGGGUUUUCUCAGUUUGAUAAUUUGAUCUCCUCUGCAACACUGCCACCUGCUGGUGGCCAUCAUGCCAGAGCCCAGUGGCUAGAUCUGUGAGUAAUAAACCCAAUGAAGUACCCUGAAGAGAGGAGCCCUUGAAACUGAGCUAACGAGGUGGGCGUAUUUAUGACCUUCUCUUCUCCAAACGAGGAUUGUGCAGACAUUUUAGUUAAUGACACAUAUCAACGCGCCAUUAAUUAAUUUAAUCAAGAUUUGUCAGCGUUCUGGAAUUGACAAAGAAUUACAUAGUAGUUUGUUUGUAGUACAGAAAUUUAUUGAGAUUACGUUUUGCUCAAUUUACUGAUUGUUAAUUUAUUGUAUUCUCAUAAGAGUUCAUCUGCAGUACCAGAGGAUUUCCCUAGGGGGCUCUGUGGAGUUGUGCUGAUAUUAAAAGACGGGGAAGACUAGAGUCCAUGCAGUAGACGGCAGGAAAUAAUGUAGGAGUCGAUUUUGUCGAAUGAAUGAGUCGUAUGAAUGUACCACCAAAUGUGAAGUGAAAAUAAUUUUGCCUUUUGUGUUGCUUUUCUGUUUGUCUCUCAAAAGCACAAACUGCUGAAAUGGCGUGUGGUAAUGUGAGGAAGGCGAUUCAGUGUGCCGUUUGGAAAAAGAGAAAGCACAAGCAGGAAUAUCAUAAAAUGUAACGAAAUGCAAUGAAAAGAUGCAAGGAAAGGGGGAACUAAAUGAUCUGUCCUACACUGGAUGCUGUGUAUAACUGCGUAUAGGAACAAGGGGAGAAAUUAGAGGGCUGACUCAUAGGAACUCCUUGAAUUCAAUUGCUCUCGCGUACUACACACACACACACACAUACACACAUAUACAGACACACACACAUACACAUACACACACAUAUACACAAUUGCAAUUAUACUAUAUUGCCGAUAAUCAUUCCAUUACCCACACGGAUAUGUAUAUAUAUACUCACAGAUACACACACACACACACACAUGCUUACAUACAUACACAUAACAGCUACGUAUCUAAAACCUAUGGGACCACUUCCACUGACGCUGCCUAGUCCUCAACUAUAUUUAAUUUUGAAAUCAGAUUCUCCGUACAAACCUCAAUUUAGACCAGGACUAAGCCUAAUAUUCGUCAGUGAAACCGGCCCAUAGUAUCUGAACAGUAUCAAAGUCUUAAGAAGUGCUGCGAGUUGAAAACUUCAGCAGUGUUGCAUGCCCUUCUUCUAGUGUUCUUGGAUCAAAGGAAUUUCUGCUCUCUUUUGUCAAACGACUUUGUGGUUGAUAGGGGGCGCUGCAGACUGUACUGACAAUCACUAUUGCGUCUGCUCUCUCACGCUCUGUUGUUCCAAUUGGCAUUACUGUCAUUUCCCGAUCUAUUACCGGGAACCAUAUCGAGACCUUUAUGAAAUGAGAACACUAGCCUUUGAGUUGUACAUUUAAAAAAGACACGGUCGACGAGCUUCAUUGGACCGCCAUGUUUCGAGCCUGUUGUUUUCUAUUUGAAGGACUAUAAUGAAGGACUGUCAUUUCUCUUUGUCGUGCAGUUGUAGCGGCCUGAAAUCAAUCCCUCGGUGCAGGGCACUGAGUUGUGAAAUCGGUGUGUUAGCCCUUGCUGUUCCGCUCUUAGCUCCCUGUUUUUUGGACUAUGCGGAGGUUAGCGCUCUGCAGAAAUACCGCGCUGUACUGCAGAGACGCACCCGCACGUAGAACCAGUUCAGCUGCCACUGUGCGGGGGAAAGCUAUCGCUAAUCACUGUGACACUGUUCAUAACAAAAUGUUAUAUUGCUGACAUUUUGCUAUACGCUGAGGUCAGCUCUUUAGCGUUGAUAUUUUUCCUGGCUUUGUGCACAUUACGGCAUUUAUUAACUGACAUCUCUGUUCCGCAUGGGUGUCACGUGAACUUGACGAGGAUAGGCAGGUUUGGAGCUACAAUAAUAGGACGCGGUGAGCCCGGAGGCUCGCCAUGGAAACACUGAUACGCUGUAAAAUGUACAUUAUUCUGUCAUUUCCUUGCCUCUUUCUUUCCCUUUGCAUAUUAGAACAUGUGCUGUUGUUUUUCAAUCGAAUUUGUGGUUAAAUAUCGUGUUGACGAUCUUGCUUUACAAUGCCUUUUUCAUUUGUGAAUCUCUUGUUAAUGGUUUCGUGAAACAACCUCAAGAUGUAAUUGUACUAUAUUGCCGAUAAUCAUUCCAUUGCACAUAUUUUAUUUUCAUUUAUAUGCAAUUAAUUUGGGGGGGGAUUUGUUCGAUUUCUUUUUGUUUGUGUGUGUUUUUUUGUUUUCAUUUGUAAAAUGUAAAUAUUCCAUUCAGGCAAGUAUGCCGGUCUACAUUUAUAUAAAUCCUAUGACCUUAUGGAAUAAAAGAUAUUACCAAGCAGCAAAAUUUUUAAUAAACUAUAUUUGUUACACUUCUAUUGUGAAUAAAAAAUCUUUUAAUA